CUGAUGAAGAGUAACCACUCCAACACCCAUUAGUUAUUAUCAUCCGUAUAAGAGUCUGGAACUCUCAGAUAAGUUCAAGUCCUGGCUUAGCCAUUUGUGACCAUCCGUGCAUGGCUUCCCUUCUCCCAGCCUCAGGUGUCUUUUCCGUUAAUGGGCUCAACGACUGUCUUGACCUCACAAGAGUGUACUGAGGUUUAUGUGCAAUGACCCCUGUGGGACAUCUGACACAAGAUCGGGACCACGGGAAGUUCUUAGUAACAAUGAUAAGCCCCGGACCCAGGAGGCCCAAGGAGCUGGAGGUGACCCUGAGGCAGCAAGACCCCAGAGGAAGGGCGCGAGCCCCGCAGACGACUGCGCGGUACCCCAGGCUGGGCUCCUGUUAGGAGGGGGUGCCUGUGCUCAGGCAGCGGCUCAGAGGCAGCUGCUCCAUGCAGAACUGAAGCUGGUCCUGCAGCAGAAGGGAGAGAGGAAGCAGGAGCCUGGGGCCCAGGUGACUCCCAGCAGCGCCAUGGAGGCCAGGAGCCGGAGUGCUGAGGAGCUGAGGCGGGCGGAGUUGGUGGAGAUCAUCGUGGAGACGGAGGCGCAGACCGGGGUCAGCGGCAUCAACGUAGCAGGUGGCGGCAAGGAGGGAAUCUUUGUCCGCGAGCUUCGGGAGGAUUCGCCCGCGGCCAGGAGCCUCAGCCUGCAGGAAGGGGACCAGCUGCUCAGCGCCAGAGUGUUCUUCGAGAACUUCAAGUACGAGGACGCACUACGCCUGCUGCAAUGUGCCGAGCCUUACAAGGUCUCCUUCUGCCUGAAGCGCACUGUGCCCACCGGGGACCUGGCGCUGCGGCCUGGGACCGUGGCUGGCUACGAGAUCAAGGGCCCACGGGCCAAGGUGGCCAAGCUGAACAUCCAGAGUCUGUCCCCUGUGAAGAAGAAGAAGAUGAUGGUACCCGGGGCCCUGGGGGCCCCUGCAGACCUGGCCCCCGUUGACGUCGAAUUCUCCUUUCCCAAGUUCUCCCGUCUACGUCGGGGCCUCAAAGCUGAGGCUGUCAAGGGUCCUGUCCCAGCCGCCCCCACCCGCCGGCGCCUCCAGCUGCCUCGGCUGCGCGUGCGGGAAGUGGCGGAAGAGGCCCAGGCAGCCCGGCUGGCCGCCGCCGCUCCUCCCCCGAGGAAAGCCAAAGUGGAGGCUGAGAUGGCAGCAGGAGCCCGUUUCACAGCCCCCCAGGUGGAGCUGGUUGGGCCCCGGCUGCCAGGCGCCGAGGUGGGCGUCCCCCAGGUCUCAGCCCCCAAGGGGCUGGGAGAGGUGGCCCUCCACCUGCCAAGCCUUGGACUAGGCGCCCCAGCCCCACCUGCUGUGGAGCCCGCGGCCCUAGGGAUCCAGGUCCCCCAGGUGGAGCUGCCCGCCUUGCCCUCGCUCCCCGCUCUGCCCACGCUGCCCUGCCUGGAGACCCGGGAAGGGGCUGUGGUGGUGACAGUGCCCACCCUGGACGUGGCAGCGCCCGCCGUAGGGGUGGACCUGGCCUUGCCGGGUGCGGAGGUGGAGGCCCGAGGAGAGGCACCUGAGGUGGCCCUGAAGAUGCCCCGCCUCAGUUUCCCCCGCUUUGGGGCUCGAGCAAAGGAAGUUGCUGAGGCCAAGGUGGCCAAGGCCAGCCCCGAGGCCAGGGUGAAGGGGCCCAGACUUCGAAUGCCCACCUUUGGGCUUUCUCUCCUGGAGCCCCGGCCCGCUGCCGCUGAAGCUGCUGUCGAGAGCAAGCUGAAGCUGCCCACCAUCAAGAUGCCCUCCUUUGGCAUUGGGGUCUCGGCCCCUGAGGUCAAGAUGCCCAAGGGGCCGGAGGUGAAGCUCCCCAAGGCUCCUGACGUCAAGCUCCCGAAGGUGCCCGAGGCAGCCCUUCCAGCCGUGCAGCUCCCCGAGGUGGAGCUCCCCAAAGUGUCAGAGAUAAAGCUCCCGAAGGUGCCAGAGAUGGCCGUGCCCGAGGUGCGGCUUCCAGAGGUGCAGCUGCCGAAAGUCCCCGAGAUGAGGCUCCCUGAGAUGAAGCUCCCGAAGGUGUCCGAGAUGGCAGUGCCGGAGGUGCGACUCCCGGAGGUGCAGCUCCCGAAAGUCCCCGAGAUGAAGCUCCCGAAGGUGCCCGAGAUGAAGCUCCCGAAGGUGCCCGAGAUGGCGGUGCCCGAGGUGCAGCUCCCAGAAGUACAGCUCCCGAAAGUCCCGGAGAUGAAGCUCCCGGAGGUGAAGCUCCCGAAGAUGCCCGAGAUGGCCGUGCCCGAGGUGCGACUCCCAGAGGUGCAGCUGCCCAAGGUCUCAGAGAUGAAACUCCCGAAGGUGCCCGAGAUGGCCGUGCCCGAGGUGCGACUCCCGGAGGUGCAGCUGCCCAAGGUCUCAGAGAUGAAACUCCCGAAGGUGCCCGAGAUGGCCGUGCCCGAGGUGCGACUCCCGGAGGUGCAGCUGCCCAAGGUCUCAGAGAUGAAAGUCCCUGACGUGAAACUCCCCGAGAUAAAACUCCCCAAGGUGCCGGAGAUGGCCGUGCCUGAUGUCCACCUGCCAGAGGUGCAGCUGCCAAAGGUGUCCGAGAUGCGGCUGCCGGAAGUGCAGGUGCCUAAGGUCCCAGAUGUGCAUCUUCCAAAGGCACCCGAGGUGAAGCUGCCCAAGGCUCCGGAAGUGCGGCUGAAAGCCGAGCAGGCAGAGGCAGUGGAAUUUGGCUUCAAAAUGCCCAAGAUGACCAUGCCCAAGCUGGGGAGGGCAGAGUCCCCACCACGAGGCAAGCCAGGCGAGGCCAGGGCUGAGGCCCCAGGGAAGCUGGUAACGCUCCCCUGUCUGCAGCCAGAGGUGGGCGCCGAGGCUCGGGUGGUUGUCCCCUCUCUCUCACUGCCCUCGGUGGAGCUAGACCUGCCGAGGGCCCUCAGUCUGGAGGGGCAGGUCCCAGCAGCCGAAGCGGGCAAGGUAGAACGGGCAGAGAGCCCCGGGGCAGCGGCAGGGGUCGGGGAAGUGGCCUUCCGGAUGCCCUCCGUUGAAAUCGUCACUCCUCAGCUGCCCACGGUGGAAGUGGAGGAAGGGCGGCUAGAGGCGAUGGAGAUGAAAGCCAAGCCCUCCUCCAAGUUCUCUUUGCCCAAGUUUGGACUCUCAGGGCCCAAAGUGGCCAAGGCGGAGGCUGAGGGGGCUGGGCGAGCCACCAAGCUGAAGGUGUCCAAGUUUGCUAUCUCACUCCCCAAGGCCCGAGCGGGGACUGAGGCCGAGGCCAAAGGGGCAGGGGAGGCAGGCCUCCUGCCCGCCCUCGAUCUGUCCAUCCCGCAGCUCAGCCUGGAUGCCCGUCUGCCCACGGGCAAGGUGGAGGUGGCCGGGGCUGACGUCAAGCUCAAGGGGCCCAGGUUUGCCCUGCCCAAGUUUGGGGUCAAAGGCCGGGACACUGAGGCGGGAGAAGCAGUGUCAGGGGGGGCUGAGUUGGAGGGCAAGGGCUGGGGUUGGGACAGGAAGGUGAGGGCGUCCAAGCUGAAGAUGCCCUCCUUUGGGCUGGCUCGAGGGAAGGAAGCCGAGAUCCAGGGCGGGCGUGGCAGCCCCGGAGAAAAGCCAGAGUCCCUGGCUGGCCAGCUUAAGAUCCCCGAAGUGGAGCUGGUCACCCUGGGGACCCAGGAGGACGGGGGCGCCGAGGGGGCAGUGGCCGUCAGUGGAGUUCGGCUACCAGGCCUGCAAGUAUCCACGACCAGGCAGGCAGGUGCCGAGGGCCAGGAAGGGGGGCUGAGGAUGCCCCUGGGUAUCUCCCUGCCCCAGGUGGAGCUGGCCGGCCUCGGGGAGGCCGGCCUGGGUGCCACCCCCGGGCAGCAGGUCAAGGGUGCAGCCCCUUCAGCAGAGGGCACAGCAGGCUACAGGGUCCAGGUGCCUCAGGUGACCUUGUCUCUGCCUGGAGCCCAGGUGGCAGGUGGUGAGCUGCUGGUAGGUGAGGGCGUCUUCAAGAUGCCUGCUGUGACAGUGCCCCAGCUUGAGCUGGACGUGGGGCUGAGCCGGGAGGCGCAGGUUGGGGAGGCAGCCACCGGCGAGGGUGGCUUGAGGCUGAAGAUGCCCACACUGGGGGCCAGGGCCGAAGCUGGGGAAGAGGGGCCUGGAGACCAGCCCCCAGGGGCCGAGCGCACCUUCCGCCUCUCGCUGCCCGACGUGGAGCUCUCGCCACCUGCUGUGGGCAGCCACGCCGAGUACCAGGUGGCAGAGGGCGAGGGGGAUGCCGGACACAAGCUCAAGGUGCGGCUGCCCCGGUUCGGCCUGGUUCGGGCCAAGGAGGGCGUGGAAGAGGGUGAAAAGACCAAGAGCCCAAAACUCAGGCUGCCCCGAGUGGGCUUCAGCCAGAGCGAGGCAGUCACUGGGGAAGGCUCCCCCAGCCCCGAGGAGGAGGAGGAGGAGGAGGGCGGCGGGGAAGGGGCCCCCGGGCGCCGAGGCAGAGUCCGAGUCCGCCUGCCCCGUGUGGGCCUGGCCACCCCUUCCAAGGCCUCUCGGGGACAGGAGGGCGACGCAGCCCCCAAGUCCCCUGGCGGGGAGAAGUCACCUAAGUUCCGCUUCCCCCGGGUGUCCCUAAGCCCCAAGACCCGGAGUGGGAGCGGGGACCGGGAGGAGGGUGGAUUCCGGGUCCGGCUGCCCAGCGUAGGGUUUUCGGAGACAGGGGCUCCAGGCCCUGCCAGGAUGGAGGGGGCGCAGGCUGUCAUCUGAAGCCCCGGGGGCUGAGGGAGAGUUCCCUCCCAUCUUCCCAUCCCUGCCUCGUCCUCGUUUUGUGUGUGACAUAACUAGCACUAACCCUCAGAGGGCCGGGAGGUGGGUGACUGACCGGGAGAGGGCCGGGGAGGCCUCCUGCCCGGCUCACUGGCUGGACUGCCUGUAUCUUGCCAAGCCAUGUGAAUAAAAUAAUCCAGAGGUA